AUGCUGGGCACAUCGACGUCCGUCACCGCCACCCUCGUCCAACCCGCCCAACUCGCCGUCAAGGCGGAGUUGUCGUUCGCCAUGACCGAGAUUCUCGCGAAAAGUCGGCCUCUCGACGCCAAGUUCGAGUCCCACCUGAACUGUGGCCAUCCGGCCGUCGGCUUCUCGGCGCCACCGGCCUCCGACCUAGUCCAUCAGCCCUACCACCAGCACCACCAGCAGAGGCUGGAGGAGUUGCGCGAGACGAGUCGACUCUUCUCGAACCACCUGUACCAGGCCAUCUCGGACUACGGCCAGGCGAGAGGUGGCCGCCUCGAGACACCAGCCUCGGACGACGCGGACGGGGCUGACGAGCGCGACAUGGACCCGGGCUACUACAGCGCCGGUGCAGGCCAGCAAGCUGUCGUCAAGGCCUGUUGUCAUCCCGUCUGUCUGGCCGAGGAGCAGAGCCUCGGGCUCUACACUGGCACACACACGCAGACACACAGGCAGCUUCAACCACCGUCCGUCCGGAUGGUUUGCACCAAAUCUGAGCCGGCCUCGAUUAUGACCGCCUCGGACGAGGGAGCUGGCGUCUUCGCGGACUCAAGGCAGAGCGACCAAAUGCAACAACAGUUCACCUCGAUCACUUCGUGUGGUUCCACCUCCGGUCGAGGGUACAUCUUCUGUCCGGCCGGCCUCGAAGGCGUCACCACGACGCCGGACUACCUCGGGCCCGAGGGGAAUCUGGCCUCCACGAGUGGCGUCUGUCUCGGCCAGACGAUCCCGUCGCCAGCCGCCUCCAAUCAAAGCCUUGCCAGCACCGGCAGUUCCGCCGACAACAGCACCACCAGCCUGCCUGCCUUGCAUCUACAACACCAUCAGCACCACCAGCACCAGCACCAUCACCAUCACCAUCACCAGCACCACCAACAGCACCAGCCUCCGAGUCUGCCGUACCAAGAGUCGAGCCGGGCCGGGGGGCCAAUGCCAGUCGGGCCGGCGGGACUCAGCCCCGCCUCGUCGCUGGCCCCCGUCGCCUGGACGUCGGUCGACUGCCAGGGCCCGGUCUUCCCCGACUGGCAACCCGGCCCGCUCGGUUACCCGUCGGGGCCAUCCGAAGCAUCGGAAGCCUCUGAAGCCUCGGAACCCUCCGAGCCGUCGGAGCCGUCAGAGCCGUCCGAGUCGGUUGAGUCGGUCGAAUUGGUCGUCAGCCACUGCUGUUCCACACGUUCCGGCCAGGCCUUCGAAGCCGACGCCGGCCAUCCCGUCCGCGGGUGGCCCUCCAAUCAGGCCUCGCCACAGACCCCACCCUUGGCUGGUCUGCAACUCGGCUCCGCUUAUCUCCCGGGCCUCCAGCAGCACCUCCAUCCUCGCCAAUCCCACCAUCUACAGCCUCAUCUCGUGCCCCCCCACGCCAGCCUUUUUCCCGACGAUCUGGUAGGCUCUCUGCAAUACCUCCAUCCGGCCGGUCGGAUGGCCGCCCACUUCCACGACUACCGCCAGUCGCCAGGUACCGAGGGUGGGUCGUCUCUUCUACCACCUCCGGAACAGGCGCACCAUCCACGGCAUCAACAAGAACAACAGCCCCACCAACAGAACCAGCAACAGCAACACUUUCGUCAGGUCGCCAACGGCCUGCCGGUUCGUCCACGUUUCCAGCCGCCGCUCACCAACUCGCAGGCAUACCCGCCAGAAGGGCAAUUCAUACAAUCUGGUAAGCGGUCCUUCUGA